CUCCUCUUUUGCAUCCUUGCGCAGAUGAAUAACGCUUAAGGACGCUGCUGCUGCUCACCGACCUCUCAAAGGCUCGCUGACUCGAAAGAAAUCAGCUUCAUUCAUCAUGGCGCAGACGACCGUCGCCACUGCUGCUGGUGCAGCGACUGUGCAAGUCACUGGCCUCUCUGCCACCACCACCAAACAAUCACUCGAAGAAUACUUCUCCUUUUGCGGCUCCAUCGCCUCCUCGUCAAUCGAAAUAGAUGCUGAUGUUGCUGACAAGCAGAAAGCAACUGUCACUUUUCUCAAGAGCAGUGCCGCCAGCAAUGCUGCGAUGCUAAAUGGCGGUCAGCUCGAUGGAACCACGGUCCACGUGGCCAUCCCUUGCGCAGAGGCAUCCGUUGCAACAAAAGGCGUACACACUGUCCCUAUCGUCAAUACCUCUUUCGCCGCCGGCUACAAACUCGCGCAAGAGGACAAGCCGCACAGCGCCAUUGUUGCCGAAGUCCUCGCGCAUGGCUAUAAGCUGAGCGACGACAUCACCAAGCGUGCCAUCGAGCUCGACAACAAGCAUGGCCUCAGCACGCAGUUCCGCUCCUACCUUGAGCAUAUCGAUCGCCAGCUCGGCCAGCGCUACGCGCAGGCGCAGGUCAAGAACGCUGACGCUUCCACCACGCAAACCCAGGAGAAGGCCAAGGACGAGGAGGUCCAGCAGGCUGUCGCUGAGGAAGAUGCGAGCAAGUUGCCGGCUCCGGGCGCCAUUGCAACCUCCGAAGGGCUUACCACCACGACAGAGGUGCUUUCUGCAGGUGCUGCCGCCACGGGCUCGCAAGGCCAGUCCACCUCGUUUGUUGCACAGGUUCAGUCGCAGGCACAUAAGGUGCUCAAUGAUCCAAACAGCAUCGUCGGACAAGCCCAAUCGCGCGCCAACGAGAUCCUUAACCGCCCCGAUGUCAAGUCGCGCACCGAUUUCGUCUGGAGCAAGUUUGGCGAGUACUAUAACAAGGCGGCGAAUCACCCUUCCAUCAAGGGCUUUUACGAAAAGGCCAGCAAGACUGUCGCUGACGUUCACGAGGAGGCCAAGCGGAUCAAGGAGCAAAAAGCUGCAGGGGACCCCACCGGUGCUACAGGGAGCAACGUGGCGUCUUUGCCAGCCGGCGUGCCGGCGCCAUCCUUCAUAAGCAAAUCUUCCUCAUCCUGGCUUCUCGUCGCUCUCUUGCUUUUUAGCUCGAUCAGCAUCCAGGGUACUCUUGCACAUGGAGGGAUAGGUGAAGAGAUGCACCCGGCAGAUAUUGCCGGCGUCAAACCAAACAAGCCGGGCGAGGAGAGCUACGUGCAGAAGCACAUGGCAUCCGAGCACCACAUUGGCGCGUUCGACCUCGGCAGCUUCUUUAGCCUACACGACCUCAACCGUGACGGCGUGCUUGAUCGCGCAGAGAUUGAGGCUAUUUAUGGCGUCCACCACUCGACAUCUGUCAAGCACUCUCCUUCCCCAGAGGUGCAUGACGAGAAGGCUGAGAAGGUCGUCGCCGAGGUGCUGCGCCGCCUCGACUCCAACAACGACGGCAUGGUGACAAAACGUGAGUUCAUCAACGGCGGGCCGAAUGGCCUUCCUGCUUUCGAGCAGUACGGUAAGGGUGUCCUGGGCCACCACUACGAUGAGGAGUCCGAGUACUUUGUCCACCAUGAGGAGAUCUACCACAACACGCCAGAGUCGCAGAAGGACGAGUCGUACAACCACAAGGCGGAUGUGGAACACUUUGCGCACCAUGAGGCCAUCGAGCGCGAGGAGGAGCAGCGCGAGCGGCACGCCGAGGGCAUGCUGUCCAUCGAAGAAGAUGAGCGGAUGCGCAAGGAGGCCGAGGCCAAGGGACAGACGUACAGGUCGCCGUACGAGGCGCAGCAGCACGCGGCUGGUGUACACGAUGGUGUGUUCUACGGGGCGCAGAGAGGCGAGUACUACGGCGGCUAUGCCCAGGAAGAGGCGCAGGGCGACCAGCACAUCUUCCGCGGGCCCAGCGGCGCACACCUCGUCAAGAGCCACGCCGCCACCGACGGCAUGCACGACCAGGAAGAGCAUCGCCUCCCCGGCGAGACCAGCGAGGGCUACUCGCAGCGCAGGCUGCUCUGGGAGCAGCGCAAGAACGCAGCCGCGUACUUUGAAAAGCUGCAGGAAGACCAAAACAAGAAUGGCAAAGGCGGUGCAGGUAUUGGCGCUGCGAGCGGCACAGUCAAGGUGCAGAAGCUACCCGGCGAGUCGGACGAGGCGUACCGGAGCAGGCUCAAUAAGGCCAAGUGGGCUGCGGAAAAGCAGCAGGGUGCAACCAAGAAGGCCAUGCCAAAGGAUCCGGCCAUGAAGAAGGGUGCACCGUACAAGUACCCUCCCAUCGGUCAAAAACAGAGCCGUCUCAAGAAGAGCUCAUAUUUUGGAGAGUUUUGAGCUCACUUCCGAUUCUUUGCUUCUCCCUAUUGUCCCUGGACACCGAUUCUGCGCACUAUGUCUCACUACACUCCUUCCCAGUAAUCUACGAGUACACACUCUCCGUUCAUUCGUUUAC